UAUUAUUACUUUCAAGCUAGAGUUCUUAUACCCCAGCAAAGCUUUCGAUGCUGGGCAAGACCAGUCGUCCGAAACUUGCCUGCCAUCUUGCCACUCCUGCGCCUCGCUAUCACGACUACUUGGCGCGAUGAUGAUGUUGUAUACUAGGUUAAGAUAGAUAUCGAUCACCACUUGUCACGCUUUCAGUAGUCUUGAUGCACAGUUUGUCAGCCAUGCGAAGUUUGUUCGGGAGCCAGCUGCGGCUGCGCCUCAACGCAUGGAACAGGGCACGAUGUGCAGAUACUCUUAUCCUGGGCUGCCUUCUUAUCCUUGGGCCCCUUGCGUUGGGGCGCAACGCACAGCAGUCUGCGGGCGCCGAGGGGUCGGGCAGUUUAUUAUCGGGGCUCAAGACGCUAUUCAGUCUGAAUAACGGCCUGUGGAUCAAGAUUAUGUUCUAUUGCCAUGCGGCCCGGUUCCUUGCCUCAGUUUCACUUUCCGACUCAGCGUACUGGGGCUACGCAGCGCCGCUGGCCUCUUACCUCAUGCGGACCAUACCCUCCGCCUACCACCUGCUUCUGGGGCCGCGCCAUCAGCCCUCGCCUGUUGCUAGCAUCGUGGUGUUGCAGGCAAGCUGGCCCCGCACCCUAUUCUACAUCAUUUCGCUACAGAGAGUCAGCUUAUCGCUGGAGGCGGCGGCACUGGUGUUCCAUUUCCUGGCCAACUGCAUUCUGUGCGUCUGGUAUAGCAACCCCGACACGCAGGACGCCCCUCUGCAGGGCUUCCGCGCCGUGUGGCCGGUUCUUCAGGUGCUGCUGCUGGGAGCGGCCUCAUGGGCCUUCCACUUCAGUAAACGCGGGCAGCAGCAGAACCAGCAGCCGCCGCAGCGGACGCAGCACAAGGAUCAUCAGGCAGUUGCAGAGGCGCCCUCGUACUGCUGCUGCCUAUCAUUGCCGCGCAGCAGCAGUGAGAAGUGGGCUUCAGCAGCCGAGCAACACGACGACCAUGCUGCUGGCUCGUCGUGCGCGGCAGGUGCGUCUGGCCGGCAGCAGUCCUCAAGCAGCAUCGGUUCUUGGCCCGCCGGGGAAGCGGCUGCUGCUGCUGGGAGGGAAACGCCUGCUACUGCUGGUCACGCCAAAGCCUCAUCUGGAUGCAGCCCAGCGGCUAGCUGCCAGACGACGGCAGGGGCAGGGGCAGGGGCAGCUACAUCUGCGGAGUGGCUGCUGUCCCAGCCAUGGUUGGCGCAAACGCAGCAGCCACAGCCACAGCCGCAGCAGCAUUUGCAGACACAGGUCAAGUGGCCAGCCGCCGCCAGCACGGCUGCCACCUCUGCUGGCGGCGGCAGCUCCGUAGCCGCCCUGCAAGCGUUGCGGCAGCAGCUGCUGCAAGGCCGUGCUGCCGAGUACGCUGCCCUGCUGCUGCAGGCGCCGCCGCCGCCGUACCGCAGCCGCACGCGGCCCACAACCCAGUUCGCAAAGAUUCGCGGCAUGGAGCUGGAGGAGGUCGCACAGGACUGGCAGAAGCGGCUGCAGGAGCAUCUGGACAAGCAAGGCCUGAUGCUCACUGGGGCCUACAUCCGGCGUGGCUGCAUUGAGCUGGUGGUUGAGUUCGUGCGGCUUCCAACGGCCGCCGCUGGUGGUGCCAGCGGCACCGCUGCACGCGAGGGCGACGCAAAGCCGACUGCCCCGCUGAGCUUCGCGCAGCUGCAGCAGCUGUUACAGACGCUGCCGCAGCCGCUAGGCCCGCCUAGGGCUGAUGCGGGCGUGACUAUGGUUGCUGCACGGGAAACAGCAGUGGGCGCUGUUGUGGACGUGCUCAGACCAAUAGAGGUGCUGGGCUCGGCCGCGGUGGCGCCCGUAGUGCAGGCCCCGCUUCUGGCGGCCUGCACCUCAUUCCACGGACCUGUCGCUGGAGCGGCAUGCUGGGUGACGCCAGGUGGCCAGACGGCGGCAGUGUCACCACUUGGCACUGCGCUGCCGCCGCGCUUCCUGUCUCUGCACCCGCGCGUAGCUAUGCUACCGCCACCGCCUCAGCAGCCCCGUGCGCUUGGAGCAGCUCGGAAGCAGCAGGCUACGGCGGCUCGGCCGCUGCUGCUAACUCUGGAGCUCUGGUUUCCGCCGUCGUCUGCAGGGGCCAGCGCAGACGGCGGCGGCAGCAACAGGGCAGCCGCAGCGGUUGAGGUGCUGCUGCGGCACCGCCACCGCUACCUGCCUGCGACCGCGCGUCGGCUGCAAGAGGGAGGUGCGUCAAGGGCUGACGAGCCUGCGGCAGGGAUCGGAGCGGCAGCACCAGCGAGCCCCGGCGAGGGCUGCGUGGAACGCUACGAGGUGGAUGUGAGGCUGGGCGACGGCGAGUCGGCUGAUGCCGUGCUGGAGCCGGGGCUGCUGCAGGUGGACGUGCGCUGGGGAGGCCUUCCGUACAUGUCCCUGCCUGUGCUGCUGCUGCCGUCAGCCGCCGCAGCAGGCGGAGAUGCAGCAGUGGCGGCUGCCGCAGCCGGCCUCGCUGCGGUGGACCUGGCGGCGGUGGGCGAGGAGCUCCAGCGCUUCUGUGACUGGUUUGGCUGCCGCGGAGAGGCCGGCAGUGACGUAGAGGCGGGCGCAGAGGGCACGGCUACCCGGGAAGUAGACAUGGAUGAGGAUCAAGAGGACGACGCCGAUGAACAGGACUGGUCCGGGUCUCUGCUGUACGACAUUAGCCUUGUGCUGUUCGGCGAAAACUGCAUGGCCGUUGCCGCCGGCAAUACUGACCUCGGCGACGGUAGCAGCGGUUGUGGGCGCAGUGGAGGCAGCGGGGGUGGCACCCCGCGCGCGCACCUGCUGGCGCAGCGCUUGGUUGGCAGGGUGGUGUUAGCCCGGGACCUGUUGCAGUAUGCGGAAGCCAACGCUAUGCCGCACCUGGCAGGUCUGGUGGCAGGGCAGCUGGUCACACUGCAGGAGCAGCUGGCGGCGGCGGGCGGCGGCGGCAGUCUCAGCAGCAGCGGCCUCGGCAGUCAAGCCGCGGUCGGGAGUGCUGGCGCCAGCAGCGAUGGAGCCAGCGGUGAGGCCAGCCGGGGCGCCAGGGGUGCCGGCCUGGCCCCGGUGGCGGCAGCUGAUGCACCGCCAGCCGGGGGCAGCGGCAGUGGAGCAGGGUCUGGACCGCAGCCCGGCAAUGCCUGCGUCGUCUCCGGAGGUGGAAGCAAGGACCAUGGAGCCCACAUGGCAGCUUGCUGCUGUGACACGUCCCCUGACUGCGACGGCGGCAGCGGCUCCACGUCUUGCGGCGGUCGCGAUGAACCAGUGACGACGUCGCUGCGCUCAAACCCGGCGCCUGUACGCGCCGUCGCCUGGCGCGCUCUGCUGCUGUUUGCAGGCAUGGGGCGGGAGGCGCCAGAGGAGGCGGCGGCGUUUUGCGAGGCGCGCACAGCCUGGAACCUGCGCAACGCGCCGCUCAUCGAGGUUUUCGAGCUGCUGACGUGCUUGUCGAUGCUUGCACGCUACUAUGUCCCUGUCGCCAUCGGCCCGCAAGCCCCCGAGACCUUCACCGGCACGGUCACCUUCAUCGGGCUUGUGCGCAGCGGUGCCGCAUUGAUUGUGUUCACCGCGCCCCUGCUGCUGGCGGCGUGGGUGGUUAUGCCGCUGGUGCUGGCCGUGCUUGGCGUGCCGCGUGAGGGGCGCGUGCGGGCGGCCGCACAGGUGCAGCAGCUGCGGCAGUGGGUACGCGCUGGGCCCGCCAUCUGGCUCCGAUAUGCGGCUUCGGUGGCCAGCAAGGCCCUGAUGCUGGCGCUGCGUGUGUCGCCGCCGCCCAUGUGGCGAGCCUACUCGGUCGGGCUGGGGAUGGUGGCGGCCGAUGGCUUGUUGCUGCCCGUGGCGUGUCUGGUGAGGGCUUGUGCCUCGGGUCUGGGUGUACAGUAAGUUAGAAGGGUCCGCGGCCAUUCGGCACAUGUUUAGUGGUUCCCACAUAUGUGUCACUACUUCUUUUAGGCCACCGAAUUGAAGAGCUGGGCGCGUGGGCCUGGGGCCUUGCGGCCAAUGGCUGGAGGCUCCGCAGCGUUUAACUUCCGGUCCGUUAUUUUCCUUCCCCGUGUACCCUGUCCCCGUUCCCGCAACUACCGCCCCUUCCGGCGCUGCUGCUGUCUGCUGUACGCAUGCCGGUGCUUGCCACGUACCUUGCGUCACCCUACUCGGGCCUCGAGCUGCCCGUGAGCAGCAGUGGCACCAGCUACAGCGGCAGUACAAUGCCUCUCGAUGCGCUGACAUGCGGGGCGUCUGGCGAUGCGUCGUGGGCCCGCACCGCGUAUGCGGCGUGGCUGGCGGUGCGGCUGGAGGCGGUGGCGCUGGCGGCCACGUGGGCGUGCCACGUGUGCCUGCGGCGACUGCCCAUCCCGCCGCAUGCACACCGCCGCAUGCAACCUAGCCAGUAAUGGGCAGCGUGCCUUCAUGGUCUGUGUACGGUACAGGCUGUGCAUAUGUACGUGUGUGAAGACAGUGUCAAGUUGUCGCACUGGGUGCUGGCCAGUAUGCCGUACCAAUUAGCUUUGCUGGUAUGCUUGAAAUUCCCGUCCUGUGAUGCGGCUGUUUUGAGACUCCUGGAUACCACUGCAUAUUGUUGAAGCAGUUUGAAGCGCACAUUGCCGGUCUACUGAUGGAGAGAAGGACACUAUGGGCUCAUGCACCUGCCGUCAUUUAUGAUUUCCCUGCUACUGGAUACUGCGUGUGAUACACAUGUCGCUUAGCAGGCUAGUGUGUACGGCCGCUCAGAUAAAAGCACACCGUUUCUCAAGCCGAGCAGAGCCAGUGUACGUAACACUGAAGGGGGGGCGAUUCAUGUAUGCUGACCCAGCCUUGAACGUACUACUGCAAUGCGAAUGAUGAUGUCGAAAUCGGAGCGCUCGCUGUCCGAAUUUGCAUUGCACGCGCAAUGUGUAUCUGAUUGCGUCCAGGGUGCGUUCCCGGUUCCGUGCCGAUCACUGUGCAAUCACCGAAGCGCUGAAUAUACUUGUUGCGUUGUUCCAUUACAUGAUAACUGGAGGUGGCUCUGAGGUAUCUCUAUCUGAAGACGUUGCGUAUUUUGUUGGCACAUACCGUACGGGGUACAUUGGGAUGCAUGCUGCUGGGGCUCCCUGCGCUUACCGCUCCUUCGUUCUUAACGCCCCGACGCGCACUGCACACAAGUCCCAUACACCCCGGGUGGCUCCCGACGUGCGCCCGGAACCUACCUAAAACUUGUUGCAGGGUUCAAGCACUGCGUUGUCGUGAUGUCCAGCAAAUCUGUGUUGUCGUGAUGUCCAGCAAAUCUGCAAAUGUUUAUCAUGCCAUCGAUCAGUGAAAUCCUUAACGGCGUCUGCAUGUCUGUGCCGUGCCUUUCUAUGGCGGGACGGGCGGGUCGGCAAGCUUUGGACUGCUAGCCGUGUAUGUUGUGACCUAAAUGUGGUGCGACAGCGCGUUUAUGUCGCGAUAAAAACGGUAUGGUCCAUCUGUUGCAUACACCUGCAAGCCCUUGCGUGGCCACCGCGGCGGCUGGUUGGCCGGACGGAGUCCUUGAGGGGAUGCGUUGCCCUAUCAUCUUAGCUAUUGCGUUGCAUGUGAGCGCAUGGGGCCGGAUUGGUGGGUGUUUAAUUUUGAUCAGGAACGCUCUAAUGACGUUGUGAAGGGCGCGGCAACGAGAGAGCUGUGACGCAGAGCUCGCAGUCAAGUUUCCCCGAAUGCGUGGCAUCAGACGUACGGUAUGCGCGUGCGGUGGUUGGGUUGGGCCGUGGGAGUACGUGUUAAUUUUCCGUGGGUGUUGGAAGUUUGAGACCGUGUUCCCGGCAGUGAUGCGCGAGUCGCAACAGCGCAACCCGGUCCAACGGACUGAGAUUCGGAGCGCUGUGGGCGAGGGGGGGACCGAGUCUCGCCAGGCCACCCUUGGAUUGAGCGAAGAGCAGAUGGAAGUAUGAAGCUGAACAGACCACGAAGUGUCAUAAUGGAAGGUUCAGGCAGGUUGGCGAGGUCCCGUAGGGUGCAGCUGACGCCCAUACCCCAAGCAGACAGCAAACAGUUUGCAGCGGCAGACGGGCAGAGCAGAAGUGCAUGGCUGGUCGAACGCCGGAGUUACUGUACCGACAAGUUGCUGGCUGGCUGGAAGUUUGCUGAUGCGCAUGUUCGGUAUGGCGGGAGGAGCGUCCUAUGGGAGCAAGCCUACUAGAGCUAGAGUAGGCCGACGGCGUUGCAGGCGGCACGCCCCUGGGGUCCAGAGCAGGGUGUUCGUUCUCCACGUCACUGGCUCGUGAACUGCGUCAGCAGGUCCCUCUUGUAACCAAUGCAAUCU